AUGGAGACUAUGGAACCUGAUAAUUCUAGUGGCGACGGAAACCGCCAGGAACACCUGGAGGGCCCUGAGGAUGCUCAGGCCGCUUACAUUCGAAAGCUUGAGGAUCGCCUUGCCGCCCUUGAGAACAAAAUGCUCAGUAUAGAGUCUGCGAGGCCAGAGAAGAAUGGCUCCAUGAAAGAGGACCAAGCAUAUUUGUCGGAAGAUGAUGAUUCCGUAAAAGACGACAAAUCCUCGCUCAAGUCGGGGCACGAUGGCUCCAAAAGUGGCGGUGACAGUGAUGUGAACAAGGAAGACGCAAAAGCAGAACAUCCACCCUUCCCGCCAACUGUUGCAGAGGUCCGAAGUAUGGACUUUAUCCAAGCCAGUCACCAUGUUUUCACGGCGCCAACUAUUCCCGCAAUCGAGCUCUCAUGCUUCCCAAAAAAGAAGGAUGAGGAAGAAACUAGACUCAUCGCGUUCAGAAAGACUUUCAAGGACGUCAGCCCAAAAGAAGCAUUGGAUAUUAUCAAUGCAAACUAUCUGAAACCACAUGAGAUGGAUAUGAAUUUGCAGUUUGAGGAAAUCAACAUUCUUUCAGUACCCCUUUCUCAGCUCCUGUGGUCAACUUAUUAUGAUGAAAACUUGCCGCCGGAUCAAAUGGCCAGUUUUGGGAAACCCUGGAUCUCAUGUAUCUAUCGCCACGAAGAUGUGAAGAACAGGCUUGCAGAGAUGGAGAAAGAGCAAGAGCAACCACCAAACUCGGAAGUUGAACCUUUGGACCAAUAUUGCAAGAACAGCAAGCUAUUGGACGAAUUUCGAGCAUAUGUACGGUUGAUGGAGGAUACUAUCUUACCCUACUAUGCUGGAUUCAAGACAAAGACGGCAGCAGACAACUUGAAGGUUUACUAUUAUGAUCUUUGGCAUUUGUUUGAACCCGGGGAAAUUAUCUAUUACCCAGAAGCCAAGGAUGCCCCUUCCAAGUCGGACUACGCCAAGCUUCACAGGAGUAAAAGACCGGACCAGAAACUAUGGAGAGUUUACACGAGAUUGCGGAAACGUGACGAAUACUGGGUGAAGGCAUAUUGUAUUGAUUACGAUGGUGAAUCCUAUGUCUGCGUGAAAGAGUGGUUUAACAUCGAGAAGUUCGAGGGAAAGAGGAGCGUAAAUUCUUUCAAGGUGUUUCCCGUUCGAUUUUCAAACAGUGCCAAAGAUCUGUUGGCAGAUGCCACAGAAUCUGGUAGAGCAUUUAUGAAGAACCGGGAUUCGAGGCUAAUGGGACACGAGGGAUGGACUUCGAUUUCAGACCAAGACUCAGGUACAAGCCUCAUUUACACCUCUGGAGAUGUUAUGAUCGACUUUGCGGAAACUUUCAGAGUCCAUCCAGACUGGAAGCCUAUUUCUAUGGUCCCCGCAACCUACUAUCCGGGGGGCUGGGGGUCGGAACUAGAGGACGAUAACAGGACAAGGUGGUACUGGACUGAGGGCCAAGAGCUUAAAUGGCAUCAUCCUGAGAUAGUUUCUCUUGGUGAUAACCAAAUGGCGCGGCGCACCAAAAGAGAGUACGUCUUGGAGAAGGACAAUUUCCUAUCAUGGUCACUCAAAAAAAGCCCAUCCAAGUGGACGCCGCGAGAGGAGGAUCUAUGUCUACUUCCCAGUAGGCUUUUCGGUUAUUCGUUCCAAGACCGAAGAUUUGUCGCUAUGGAUUCCAAAAACCUUCGACAAGUUGAAGAUAACAGAAACAAAUUCAAGAAUCUAAUCAUCGAUCAGACUCAUGAGGGUAUGCUUUUAGCAUUGGUGGAAUCUCACUUCAGGCGAAAGGACAUCAACGAAACUGCAGGCAUUUCUACGAAUCAGGAUAUCGUCCAGAACAAAGGCAGAGGCUUGGUUAUUCUACUACAUGGUGUUCCAGGUGUUGGCAAGACAUCUACUGCGGAAAUGAUCGCGAGCACAUUUCAAAGACCUCUUCUACCUAUCACUUGUGGUGAUCUGGGAUUGGAUCCUGCAACAGUAGAGAAGUCAUUGAAGCAAAUGUUCCGAGUGGGACAACUCUGGGAUUGCAUCUUGCUGCUUGACGAGGCAGACGUAUUCCUAUCAGAGCGAGUAUCAUCUGAUUUGAAUCGCAAUGCAUUGGUAUCAGUUUUCCUACGCGUCCUAGAUUACUAUUCCGGCAUUCUAUUUCUCACCACAAAUCGCGUGGGCACCACCGAUGAAGCGUUCAAGUCUAGAAUCCACAUCAGCCUGUAUUAUCCAUACCUUGAUCUUGAUCAAACAGAGAAAAUCUGGGCGGUCAACCUUGAAAGACUAGCCGUUAUAGAGGCAGAGCAGAGUGCCCUCCAGCCGCCUCUAUCAAUAGAUCGCGAAGACAUCCUCAAAUUCGCGAAAAGACAAUACGAGAAAAGCAAUUUCGGCAAAGGCAGAUGGAACGGAAGACAAAUCCGCAAUGCAUUCCUCAUCGCCUCAGCGCUCGCACACUAUGAGAAGACGCAUGGGCAUAAGAAAGACGACAACCAGCACGACCUUAACGCCCGGCAUUUCAGAACAGUUGUGAAAGCUGGAUCUGGAUUUGAGAGAUAUCUCCUUCAAGCGAAGGGCAUGACGGAUCAAGAAGCAGCAUAUCGUGAUGGUACUAGGGCCGAUCACGUCCUGUCAGCAGAGGGAGCCGCACCACGAACACCCGUGCCAACAUCAGCACAACCUGCCCAACCCCCGGUUCCUUCAGCUCCUUGGGCAAGUCAAUACACCUCCCAUACGCCCUUCACGCCUCCACGAAAUGCCUCUACGUAUAACCUCGCCCAUCAUUCACCCGGCAACAGUUUGUAUCCUCAGCAACAUCAGAAUCAGCAUCAGCAUCAGCAUUUUGUUUAUGAUCCGCAGGAUACAUUUGGUCAUCCACCAAUGGCUACAGGUUAUCCCAUCCAACGGGCACUUACGCCGGGAUCAUCUCAGCCGCAGCCGCAGCCUCAUGCGCAUGGGUGGAAUACGAAUCAUUCGACUGAAUACGAUUCAGAUAUUUAG